AUGGCGCCAACUCACCCCUCAGAGAUUCCUCAUGAUAUCAUCACCCGCGUCGCCCUUUCAGACGUCGAACUCGCUUCAAUUAACCCUCAACAGAGCAAAGAAACCGACUCGUUUCUCGUCGCCUUUACAGAGCCAUACGAUGCAGAGAACCCCAAGGACUGGCCAACUGGCCGCAAGUGGGCAGUCACCGACGUGCUCUCCGCAACUGGGUUUAACCGCAUUAUGGUCUCAACAAUUAUGGCACCGGCGUUGUCCUUAAUCGCCAAGGAGUUCGACAUGAACUCGGCAGAGUCUGCGAUGGCACUCUCCAUUUACCUUCUCGCGACCGCGCUUGGUCCGUUGGUUAUUGGGCCACUCUCCGAAGUGUACGGUCGCAAACCGAUUCUUCACGCGUCAAAUAUAUGGUUCCUCAUCUGGAAUGUUGUAUGUGGGUUUGCGAAUAGUAAGGAGGUGCUCAUCGCGUCGCGAUUCCUCGCUGGAUUCGGUGCUAGCGCGAUUUAUGCUCUCGCCAAUGGAGUCCUUGGUGAUAUCUGGCCACCCGAGCAGCGUGGACGGUCACUGAGUGUUUACCUCCUAAUACCGCUCCUUGGUGCUGCUGUCGGUCCUAUCAUUGGAGGGUUCAUGGCUGGUCGGACUACAUGGAGAUGGAUGUUCUGGGCAACCUCUAUAUUCCAAGCUGUGAUGAUCCUCGUCUCAUUUACAGCCUUUCAAGAAACAUAUGAGCCCUUGAUCCUUCGGUCACGGGCGGAGCGAAUCCGUCAGGAGACCGGCGACAACCGCUACUAUACCCUCGAUGAACGCCAACAUACGAGCACUGGACCAUGGCGGGUUCUUGGUCGGGCUCUCAUCAGACCCCUACGCCUUCUAGCUUUCCACCCAAUCAUACAGACUACAUCCAUUAUAUCCGGAUUCGGAUAUGGCGUUCUGUACAUUGUCCUAUCAACAUUCUCUGACCUCUGGACCAAGCACUACAACCAAUCCGUCGAUAUUAGCGGUCUGCAUUAUAUCGCCUGUGCGCUCGGCGAAAUAAUCGGGAGCCAAAUCUGCGCCAGCGUUAUGGACACACUAUACCAUCGAAUGACCGUCCGCUCUGAGAGUAACCAUUCCCCUGAACUUCGCCUCCCCUCCAUCAUUCCAGGCGCCAUAAUUGCUCCCGUCGGACUGUUCAUAUAUGGCUGGACUGCACAGUACCGUGUACAUUGGGCAGUAGUCGAUCUUGGUAUUCUUAUCGCGCUCCUCGGUAUGCAGAUCAAGGAUAUGCCACUUACUGCGUACGUGAUGGAGGCAUACCCAGACCAUGUGAGCAGUGCGAUGGCCGCUUCUCAGUUCAUGCGGAGCUUGACGGCUUUUCUGUUUCCUUUGUUCGCGCCAAGGAUGUAUGAAGUGAUGGGAUAUGGGUGGGGAAACAGUACCAUUGCAAUCGUCACUAUCCUUGUCGGUGUCUCUGGACCGGCGGCGCUCUGGGUCUAUGGGCAGAGAUUGAGAGAGAAGGCGAGGGCCGUUCGAUAG